AUGAAUAAUAAAAAGCCAUUUAUUUCAAUAAUGGAACAACCAACAAGUUCAAUGAAAUUUAGAUAUCGUUGUGAAAGAAGAAACAACGUAAUAUAUGGAAUGAACAGUACCACUGCAACAAAAACAUAUCCAACAAUUAUAAUAAACAAUUGCAAUGGAUAUCAAAAUGGUGUAUUAUAUAUAUCAUGUGUGAGUGAAAAAGAAACCGGAGGAAAAUAUCACAUGCAUCCUCACAAAAUUCUCAAAAAAGAUUCUGCAGAAAAUUGUAUAGGAUUCAGGAUUUUAAAGUUUACAAUGAAUGAUAAUGAUAAUAAUUUUAUUUUCAUUGAAUGCAAAAAUCUUUGUAUAGAAUAUACAAAAAAACAUGAUGUUGAAAAAGUACUUGAAUCAUAUGAGAGACUAAAAUUUGAUCCAUUUAAAGCUGGAUUUGAACACAAAGAUUUAUCAAGUAAAUCAAUUGAUCCAUCAUCAGUUAGAAUUUGUUUUCAAGCAAUAUUGACUAAUACUGAUGAAAAAAAAUCAAUUGUACUUGAUCCUGUUGUAUCAACAGUCAUAAAAAAUUAUGUUGGAAAAUAUAAAUUGAAGAUUUAUCGAUUGAGUCGUCAUUCAGCUCUGGCUACUGGAGGAACAGAAUUGACAUUGUUGUGCAAUAAAGUAUCCAAAAAUAUCAGGGUAUUAUUUUAUCAAAAAGACAAUGAUGAUAAUAUUAUUUGGCAACGUUAUGCUUAUAUUAUUGAUGUUUAUCGACAAGUUGCAAUAACAAUUAAAACACCAGAAUAUAAUGGACUGCAAUUUGGAAUAAUAAAAGUAUUUAUUCAGCUUGUAAGAAAAACAGAUGGUGUAACAAGUGAACCACAUAAAUAUUCUAGAUUAUGUGGUGAAAAUAAUUUUGGAGCGAUUGAUUUAUCAAUCACCUCAAAAUCUCAUCCAAGAGCUGUUUCUUUAGUGUCUGCUGCAAGUACACAACACGGCAGUAAUAACAGAACGAAUUUAAAAGAAAAUGAAACAGUUACAUCAGGGUUUUAUAAAGUACCAAGUCCAAAUUAUGGACAACAUCAACUUCGACACCAACAAUUUGUACAACAACGUCAAUAUGGCCAAUUAAAUUUCCCAUCUCAUCAUCAGCAAAUUAUUAAUCACCACAAUUUGAGAAUGAUUCAACAAAAUAAAAAUUAUACAGCUCAAAAUGUUGGUGAACAUAAUCAACAAGAAUUUCCUGAAUAA